ACUCAAUUUGCAAGGGUUUUUCAUCUGCGAAAGUUUCGGAAGCGAAGCUCUCAACGGACUACAUUAGAUUUAGCAUAUUUUAGUUGCCACAGGAGGAUUCAUUCCCUUGAAAACCUCAGCCCACAUAGCUUUCAAGUAUACCUUACUUUCAGGUUUAAAGAUGGGUCAAAGUGACACUGAAAGUACAUCGUCCUCCAUGAGAGGAAAUCCAGGUUCACCGCGAGACUUUUCCGUUCUCUUGGAUGAACCCAACGGAGAUAUUUCAUUAUUUCACCAUCCAGGUCCAAUAUCACCCUCUGCAUCAACCUCAUCUAGUGACACCAGUGAGCUUGAUAGUUCUGUGAUGAUGGCUAAUCAGACGCCUAAGCGCUCUGAGAUUCCUGUUAUUGACCUUACAUCUCCAGACGAGGGUGACAACAGUACGGCAAGAGCACAAGGAGGUGCGGCAGCUGCUCCUCCAUGUGAGGACUUUGCACAAUUUGCAUCUAAUUUCCGUUGGCGACUUCAAGCUCGCGAGUCCCGAGGUCACCGUGCACCUGUCAAUGAUCGUUUGCGUUCACGCCGGUUCCGAGGCAGGCAUACCCCUUAUACAAAUCUGUGGGACAGUGUUUCCCCACCUGGAGCCAGACGUGAAGCUUUGCUGGCAGAAUUUGCUGACUUUACACCAAGGCCAGUUCCCUCUGGUGACAAUAGCUCUCCUAUUGUCAUUGAUGAAGAGCUUUCAUCUUUUGCUCAACACCAAGUUCCACCUAAUGAUGCGCCCAGUUGGUUUCUAUCUGAUAGACAGCAUCGCAUGGAGCGAUUCCGUCGUCGCCUCAAUGCAUCCAGGCAACCCACAAGAUGUUACCUUCAGUCUGAUGAAGCUCUUGCUCACAGAUUACAGCAGGCCGAGUAUACCCGCGAUAUGGAGGAACAUGCUCAUGGUGCUGGUGAUUCAACCCAACCAGCAGCACCCAGGGUUGGCACGCUACAUGCCAUACCACCCACCAUGGUAAGACUUCUUGAUUUACAAAAUUCUAUUACAGUUGAACCUCUCCACAAUGGUCAACUUGAGGACAGAAGAAAGUGGCCUUCAUAGAGAAGUGGCCAUUAUGGGGAGGUCUGGGUGUAAUAUGACACCUGUUUUAUUCAGGGUGGUGCAACAUUUUCAGUUUAAAAAAAUUGCUUAUGGUAGCAUUUAAAUAUGUGACACAACCAAAAUGUGUCAAUAAAACAGAAACAGAGACAAACAAUGUGACAACACACUUUCACAAUAAAAAAUAGAAUUCUAUAUUCAAUGUCCAUCAGUCAUUAUUUAACUUGCCAUUGUGCAGCAGUUAUUUUGAUAUGGACUUAAGUGGCCAUUGCUGCUGCCUCUGCGGAGAGGCGGCCAUUGUAGAGAGGUUAAAAAUAUAAGAGUUAAUGUAUGUACCAUCGGGUAGAGCAGAAAAACUUUCUAUUGUAGAGAGAUGGCUGUUAAUGGAGGUUUGACUGUAUUUUUUCAGUCUGCAUUUAGUGAUCACCAUCACCAAAAUGACUGUUACUGUCAGUGGUAAAUUUGCUUCUGAAUUGUCUACCAGCCAGAAACAAACCUGUACGAUUUUGGUGGGAGGCAAAUGUUUGUGUCACCAAGUCAUCCCUGCUAUCCUAGUUGGAUGUGUUAA